AUGGAAAAGGUUAAGAAAGCCGUUGGAAAUCUCGUUUCUCGGGACGAUAGGCAUACCACUACUGUGGAUGAGGAAGUCCGGCAACCUGUUACUAGCGAACAUGUUCGCCCACAGGAGCACGAAAAUGUGACCACAGCAGUGGAUAAAGAUAUACAUCAAGACCACCACCAUACAACUGUUCAGCCGGUCAAUACCAGAGAAACCCUCCCUGAAAAGCAUUCUCAUAAGGUGUUACCAACUGAACACAGAUCUUACGAGCACGGUGGCGAUAAGAAUGUGCAAUCAGUUCUUGACCGUGAUGCCGCUAAAUAUAAAGAUACAUCUGUUCGUCAAAAGGCCACGCACGAAACCACAACUGAAGCGCCUAUUGUGGCGGGUGAGCGAGUCCACCAUCACGUUCACGAGCACGUCCAGCCUAUCAUCCAGAAGGAAACUAUCGCCCCAGAAGUUAUUCACACAACUGUGCCUGUCCACGAAACGCAUCAUGCUACACCUAUGCAUCACGGAACAAAGGUCUUGCCUCCUCAAACAUUGGACGAGUUCACUGGCCAACAAGGUUCGCUUCAGAGCAAAGGAUCUCACAUGACCGGUGAAUUUGAAGGGUGUCCAACAUUUGAUCGGAAAGAUUUGCAGAAAAAUUCUGCUGGGGAAGUAGGCCAAGGCCAAUAA